GCUGUUUUGUUAAAAAUUUAAUCUCCAUUACUUUUAGUACAAAUAUUGUAAAUUUAAUUGGUUAAUUAAUCGUUUUAUUAAUAAAGGUCAGUCUUGUAUUUUCAAUUUAUUUAAUUCAGUUAUCAGACUGUAUUGUUAAGUGGAUAUUCCAAAUAAACUACUCUCAAGAUGUCAUUAGCAGCAACUAUUCAUGAUUUCAUUUUUACGUACGAUAUCGAAAAUAAAUAUGUGCUCAAAAAUCCUUCUAUCUUGUAUUCAAUCCUCCUAGCAUACGUUCUUUUUGUAACAUGGAUAGGGCCUGCCCUUAUGGAAAACCGUAAGGCAUUUGAAUUAAAAAAUACUCUUAUUUUCUACAAUUUUUUUCAAGCAACUGUCAACGCCAUUAUUGCAUAUGAGAUAAUUUCAAAUAUGAUAGAGCAUUGGGAUGUCCGCUGCAAUGUGAGACACAAUCCGCAACUUCCAAAACUAAUACAGGCUCUCUUUGAUCUGUGGGUAAAAUGGGAUCUCCGUUGUAAAAUAAAAGAUAAUCCAAAUUUCGAGGAGAUUCUUCAAGAUGCACUCGUAUAUUUCUGGCAUUAUUAUUUGCUAAAAUACGUUGAUCUUCUGGAUACAGUUUUCUUUGUUCUUCGUAAGAAGAAAAGUCAAAUAACGUUUCUGCACGUAAUUCAUCAUGCCGGAAUGGUCCUCAUAAUAAAUUGGGGGUGGCAGCAUUUUAGAGAAGCUGCAGCUUAUUACAUCGUAAUCUGUUUAAUUAUGAAUACUACUGUGCAUGUCAUCAUGUAUUUCUACUAUGGACUUGCAGCCUGUGGGCCAAAUGUGAGAAAAUAUUUGUGGUGGAAAAAAUAUUUGACUCUAAUGCAGAUAGUUCAAAUAUUUUGCAUGUUGUUUUACUUGGCAACGGCAUUCUUGACAGGAUGUGAGGAAUUCAGAAUCUAUGAGAAGAUGACAUUUUCAUUUUUUGCAUUCCCCUGGCCUCCUUCUGACCAAAACACGGCCAUCGCCGGCACCAAAGCAGAACCUGCUUUCAUCAGAAAACAAAACAAAUCUCCACUCCAUCCUCCAAUAAGUUCUGGCUUGACACCAAUGUCUUGGAUUCAUUGUGUCACUGUGGAACCAAUUGCAGCUCGAAUUUCUGCCGCAGACACAGUACGAUGCGCCACAGCCGUACCCAGAAUACUGCGGUCUUCCCUCUUAGUAGUGCUACGUUUCCACUCAGAACCCGGUUUCCUUGGGGCAGUACCAUCCCUUGAACACUGCUCCCAACAAUCAUUGGGAGCAGUGUUCAAGCCCACUGGCCAACAAUCUUGGCCGGAUACAUUCCGGCCAAAUAUCGAAAAUAAAUAUGUGCUCAAAAAUCCUUCUAUCUUGUAUUCAAUCCUCCUAGCAUACGUUCUUUUUGUAACAUGGAUAGGGCCUGCCCUUAUGGAAAACCGUAAGGCAUUUGAAUUAAAAAAUACUCUUAUUUUCUACAAUUUUUUUCAAGCAACUGUCAACGCCAUUAUUGCAUAUGAGAUAAUUUCAAAUAUGAUAGAGCAUUGGGAUGUCCGCUGCAAUGUGAGACACAAUCCGCAACUUCCAAAACUAAUACAGAGAGCACUGAAACCAGGAUGGUGGCUGUAUCUGGUAAAACAUAUUGAUCUAUUAGACACGGUUUUCUUCGUUUUGAGAAAGAAACAGAGUCAAAUUACAUUUCUUCACGUAUUUCAUCAUGCCGGAAUGUGCUUACUAAGUAGCUGGGGCAUAAAUCGUCUUCACUUGGUUCCAGGCUUUUACAUUGCAUUUGGAUUCGGAAUAAAUACUGUCAUUCAUGUCAUUAUGUACACAUAUUACGGACUUGCCGCCUUUGGUCCGAAGAUGAGAAAGUAUCUUUGGUGGAAAAAAUAUCUGACACUUAUUCAGAUUACACAGAUUUUUAUCAUCGCUGCCUAUUUGGCGAUUGGAAUCCUAACAGGAUGUGAAGAACUAGGUAUUACAGAAAGCGUAGCAUUUGUUUAUGUUAUUCUAAAUCUUAUAUUGUUCAUUAAUUUCUAUAGAAAGUAUAAAAAAAAGUAGAUUCAUGUCAUUACAGUAUUAUGAAUUGUAUAUUCAGAGCAUGUCAUGAUAUCAUUUAAAGAAUUGUAUUUCUAUCACUGUUGCCUCUCUUUUUAUGGAUAAUUGCUGGAAAAAAUAUUGUCAUGUAUUUCUUCGGCUGUUAUGUUUUCUUAGCAAUUUUCACUGAGUAAAAAUGUUCACGGCAAUAGCAAUUUACACUAACUAAAUUUUUUUUUGUAUAUUUUUUCAUAAAUUGUAACCCAUUAUUUGCAUAACAAAUCAUUUUGCAUUUUUUGU